AGCAUGCCACACACGAUGGUUGAGUUUUGAAGCUUCGGUAAAAGCUGUUCAUGAAGACUACGAGGCAGUUCUCCAAACGCUUGCGCAUUUCCAAGAGAGUGAUGCAAUAGCCUCAGGUUUGCUGACGAAGAUGAAAAAGCUCAAAUUUAUUGGCGUCAUCUACAUUCUUAGAGACAUUCUUCCCAUCCUUGGUGAUCUGUCCCGUCGAUUCCAAAAGGGAUAUUUGAGUUUUGCAGCCAUUGUACCCGCUAUAAAUAUGACAAAAGAUAGGCUACAUAAUCUCGUUGCUGAUGCCAAACCAAUGGAAAGUCUUAGUCGGGACAUUGAAUCAUUCACUGACAUGUGUGCUGAAAUCAAAAUGAAUCAAAAUGACGCAAAGGAACUGCAUACUCUAUUUGAAAAAUAUGUCAGUGCUUUGGUUGAGAACAUUGACAACAGGUUUACAGAUAGCUCACCAGUCUUGGAAGCAUUCAAUGUUUUUGAUCCAAUGCUGGUGCCUGAUUCUGGUGUUGAGAUGAGGAGUUAUGGUCACGGUCAAAUUGAAGUGCUGUCUAAUCAUUACUUCAAGGAAAAUCCUGAUAAAUCAGACAGACUGAAAGCAGAGUGGGAAGGAAUGAAAUAUCAUUUGAGAGAUGUCAUCAAACCUAGCAUGCCUGAUUCUGUUAAAUCAGGCAAAGAACAAACAGAAACUACUACUGAAUGGUGUCUUCUACAACUGCUAAAGAAUAUUGCAGUGAGGCAACUGUAUCCCAAUGUAAUCUACAUUGCAGAAGUGAUAGCCUCACUCCCAGUUUCUAAUGCAUGGCCUGAGAGAGGUGCUAGUACACUGAAGGCUUUGAAAACAAGGCUGCGUAACAGACUGAGUACAUCCAUGUUAGAGUCUUUGCUUCACAUUUGCAUAAAUGCUCCUAAGCCAUCAUCCCUGGAAGGUCAGCAGCUAGUGAAGGCAGCUGUAAAUGCAUGGUUAGAGAACAGAAACAGGCGUAAACUUCCAAAACAGUCUGGAUCAGCAACAGUCACAGCUGCUAGUGCUACAAGUGUCAUAGAUGUUGAGGAUGCUGGAGUCCAGACAGAUCCAUAUAUGGAUGUUAGUGAAGAUGUCAUCAGGACAGCAGUUGACAUUGCUUUAAAAAAGCUUAGCCUUGACGAGUAUGAUGCUGGCGACUCAGAUUCAGACUGGUCAGAUGACGAAGAUUGUUGUUCCAAAAAUUUGUGACUGUGCAGUUUGGUAAUACUUCAAGUUCUUAAACAAAUAAUAAUCAAAAACUGAGUUUUAAAGUAAAGUUCACAGGUACAGUAGUUAUUAAGUGUUGUUACUUGUACCCGAAAUCGCUCUAGUGCCAGAAGUGCAUAUCAUUAUUUUCAAAAUUUUCCAAGAGAUGGCAUGCU